UACGUACGUAUACUCAUACAUUAGGUGUGAACGGAGCUUUCAAAUCCUCCGUAAUCCUUUUCUUUUGGUAACCAUUAUGGCUCUUUUUGGUGACGGGGGAAGAACAAGAAGGGAACCACGGAGCGUUAUCGAGUUCAGGGCGGGUAAGAUGACGCUUUCUGGCACGACAGUCUCCCCUGAUGUAAGAAAAGGGCUCGUUUAUAUGAAAUACGAGGACAGUUUAAUGCACUUUUGUUGGAAAGACCGAGGAAGUGGUAAAUUGGAAGACGAUUUUAUAAUAUUUCCUGGCGAUGCUAAGCUCCUUCGUGUGUCUCAGUGCACAACUGGUCGAGUCUUUUUGCUAAAAUUUAAAGACAACGGGAGAAAGUACUUCUACUGGUUGCAGGAACCGAAAGAUGAUAAAGAUGAAGACUACAUGAAGAAAGUCAAUGAUUGCAUUGAUAAUCCAACAGCAGCUGUGGCUGCCAAUUCUGAAAGUGCCAUGGGUGAACACAGGUUACCACAAAGCUAUAUGGCUAAUCUUCUUCAUGGAGCUGGUUCUGAUGGUACAGUAACUCACCAGCAGCUGUUAGAGUUACUAGCAAUGAGUGGAGGAGCAGGAGGGGGAGGGGGAACAGCACCCACUGGUACCGGAGGAGGUGGCGGUUCUAACAGAAUGGAUAUACUUCAUGGGCGUGGUCCUGGGUUAGGUGCUGGGCAUGUCAUUCCAACUGACAGAGCACAACAAAGACCACAGCUCCAGAUAGGUGACCUUCAAACUGCAUUGGAGUCAUUACAGAUGCCCCCGCCCCCAGCUGGUGGAUCUGGUGCUUCUCCUUCCGGUAGGAGAGAAGAGGGAGAGAGAGAGAGUGGCCUCCAGUUGAAUGAAGUGCUUACAUCUGAGGCUUUGCGUCCGAUAGUAAGAGAGGGUGAUAUUGGUAGUGACCUUGCCCCUCAUUUACCACCUACCAAUGAGGACACGGAGACUGCUCUUACUUCACCGCAGUUUCAACAGGCUAUGUCUGUAUUCAGUUCUGCUCUGUCCAGUGGUCAAUUGGGUCCUUUAGUGAAUGAGUUUGGUUUGAAUACAGGUGUCUCUAAUGCAGCUGCUACUGGUAAUGUGGAAGCGUUUGCUGAAGCAAUGGAAAAAGAAUUGAAGGAAAAUAAGGAAGAAAAAGAUAAGAAGGAGGGGCAGGAGGAGGAGGAGAGGAUGAAAAUAAAUAAAUAAAUAGAACUGUGUGAAAACUCUUCCUCCAUCUUGUUGUUAACAUUAUUCAUUGUGUAAUUGGCAAUUAUUUAGUCUGUUAUUGUUCUAUUUAUCCGGAUUGCCUCG